UCAGCUUAUAUCACUUCAUUAAUGUCGGAGUCAACAGAAAUUGCAAUUAAUCAACUCUUAACACAUUUGCCCUUACUAAGGCCUGGGAAUAUAGAGUGCAAACAAAGCUACCUAUUGGCAAUACCAGAAUUAGUGAGUCAUUGUGUGAGCACAGGACAGUUUACAGAACAAACACAGCAGCUUUUGAGCUACACUCUAAUACACCCAGCUAUAACUAAUCAGGACAGACGUUCUUUAACUCAAUGGCUUAGACAUUUGGAAGAUCGUAUUAGUGGUACACCACCUAUUACCGGUCUUGAAGAUUAUCCAAAUACUCCAAUCAGAUGGGAGAGUCCAUGGCAAAGGAAUUCCAAGCAGCAAAGCGAUCAGGCUAAUCUAUUUAAUACGCAACCGGCCCACACGUUUCUACAAUUUCAACCCCGUCAACGUCGUUCAAAUAGUUUGACGCCACCGGUGCCGCCGCCACAUCAACUCGAAAUCUUCGAACGUACUAAUAAUGCGAACAAUUCAUCCAGGCAUAAGCCGCGUAGCUUUAGCGUCUCCGGAGAUCACACCAGCAAUAUUAUCGGUUUGGGUCCACUGAGCCCACAGAGUUCCUGUGCGAGUAGCGGUAGCGAGGGUCGUUUGGAUGACGCUUCCAAUCGUUCGCUCGCAAGCGGUAUGAGAGAUGUACAAUCAUGGCUUAAAACUUUACGCCUCCAUAAGUAUAGUUACUUGUUUGUUACCAUGAGUUAUGAGGAGAUGCUGCAAUUGACGGAGGAUCAAUUGGCAGAGCAGGGAGUUACAAAGGGGGCUAGGCACAAACUGGCUCUCUCUAUCGCUAAGCUGCAGCAACGAUAUAACACGCUCUUGAAUCUGGAAAAGGGUCUGGUGCAACCUAGUGCCCGCGAUGGCAUGCAAAAUACUUCGUUCUCGCAGGGUUCAUCUUUACUCAUUAAUACGAUGGAUGAGCUCAAAACGAUCUUAGCCACCCCUAUGAAACCGAGUCAAGAAAACGAUCCUCAAGAUAUCCCUGCACAGUUUACAAAAGUGCUUGGAAAGUUAUGCAGUAGAUUGGCUCUGGACAGCGUAGAAGACAGUGUUUUGUGCGCAUGCAUUAACAUCUUGGAAAAAGUAUUGCAGCAUGAUUGUUUCACUCCAAAUCAAAAGGAGAAGGUGCAACAAUGGCGCAGUAGACUCGGCAAUCCGCGACCAACUCCAAAGUGGCAACACAAUUACGGCUACAAUAACAGGAGGUACGGCAAUUCGCAACAACACAACAGAAAGCCGAGUUUAAAUUUGAACCACAUUCACACCACCCAUUUGCACAACAACCAUUUUAUGAUUACUCCGCAUAGAAACAGUAUAUCUUCGCCGUAUUUGCAAAAUAAUCAGAAUCAGAAUAUGAAUACCUUGAAUACGAACAACUUGCGUACGAUACAUACGAUCGAGAAGAGACCGAGCCUACAAGAGACCAGCAGUUUGCAGCAAUUACAAAAAACAUUGCAACGUACAUACAGCGCGCCGCGAGACCGCUUUUUGGGACAUCCUACCAAUGGAGCGAAUGAAACGACGGAGCCGGAAAUCAACUCUCGCCUGGAAUCUCUUUGCUUGAGGAUGACUGAGCAAGCGAUCGGCGGAUUCGGUGAGGCCUAAAUGUCUAGGAUCUAACGUAAGUCAUAUUUGAACUUCGAAUGUUCGACUUCGAAAAUUUAUUUGAGAAAAAUUCUGUUUGCCAAAAUACACGAGCGAGCGAGACAGCGCGCAUAUUCAUGAGUCAUCGUUGUAAAGUGAUACGUCAAUGGGGAUGACAUAUUUUUUGUUGUGUGCAAACACCUGCGUGUACGCACUUACGCUUUAAUAACCCUACCAAAUCGAAAAAAUGUCCGAAAUGUGCGACAUUAUUAUGAGAGAGAGAUAAAGAUAGGUCAUUCUUCGAGGAUCGAAUGACUUUUACACAUACACAAUACACACAUAUACACGUGUAAAUCAUAUUUUUAUUAUAUCCGAUGCAAUUGUACUAUUUAAUUGACAGAAUUUGGCAAGCCAAAUGCUAUUAGAAAGAUAGAGUCUUUCCUCGACUAUUUGCUGCAUCCAUAUAUAUAAAUAUAUAAGAAAAAGUAUAUAUAUAUAUACGUAUGAGAUAAUACAUAAAAUAAUAUUGCAGAAUAUUGCAUGGUAAUGUAAUGUCAUCUUUUUCACUCUUUUCUCUCCUCGUGUUUUAUAUGAUUAAAAUAUGAGAAAGAGAGAGAAAAAUGAAAAAAUGAUAUUACAUAUUCAUGCGAUGUAAUGCAAUAUCAUUUUUCAUGUUAUUCAUUUUGAGAAAUGGAAUUUGUCUGAUUUUAAGCACCAGAAGAUGUAAUAACGUAAUGUAAUUCAUUUUCAAUAAUUAGACUCAUUUUAUUUUUUUUUAAAUAUUAUAUUACUAUUAUUAUUAUUAUUACGUUAAUAAUAUAUUUUUACUAUUAUCAUUACUAACAUUAUCAACAUCAGUAUCACUACAGUAUAAAUAUAAUCUUACUAUCACUACAGUAGAAGUUUUUACUAUUAUCAUUACCAACAUUUCAACAUUAUUAUCACUAUAGUAAAAAGAUAAUAUCACUAUUAUAGUAAAAAUAUAACAUUAACGUAAUAAUAAUAAUAAUAGUAAUAUAAAAUUAAAAAGAAGUAAAAUUAGUAAAUUUAUUAAAAAUUAGCUACAUUAUGUUACUAUGUCUUCUGGCACAUACAAACGAAUUCCUUUUCUCAAAUGAAAAAUAAUAUUGCAGAACAUUGCAUAGUAAUGUAGUGUCAUUUUUUUACUCUCCUAUUUCUUUCACGUGUUUUAUACGAUUUAAAAUACAAGAAAGACAGAAAAAAGGAGAGUGGAAAAAUGACAUUACAUCACCAUGCAAUGUAUUGCAAUGUCAUUUUUCAUGUUAUCCAUUUUUCAAAAUGGAAUUCAUCUGAUUUUAAGCACCAGAGAAUUUUGUAGUAGCGUAAUAUAAUUCAUUUUAAUAAUUGGACUGAUUUUAAUUAUUUUUAAUGCUAUAUUACUAUUAUUAUGGUAAUAUUAUAUUUUUAUUAUUAUCAUUAUAUUAACAUCACUAUCACUAUACUAGCGCUACUAUUGCUCCUAUUACUAUUAUUAUUAGCACAACACUAUUACUACUCUAUUCCUAUUACAUACUAUCAUCACUAUUAUCAAUCUUACACCACUACCGUUUUAUCUAUCGCUCUUACUAUUACUAUACUCCGUCUAGAAAGUGAGCAUGCUUAAAGAAUUGACACUUUGUCGCAUAAGUUAAUCCGCGCAUACGUUUAAAACUUAAUCUCAACUAUACCGGAAAGCACAUAUGGCGGCGUGUAUGCUUCGUAGUUUGCGCACAGAUCUCGUGAUUUUUUUAUUUCGGUUGACGGAUUGCACCCCGUUUCUUUUUUUCUUGUUUUUAUAAAAUGAUAGGCUAUUAUGAAAAUGCGAAUAAAUAUACAAUAAUGGAUAUUAAGGGCCUUACGUGGAGGGGACGAGCGAACGUAUAUAAGAGAUGUAGAAAUUUGAUAUUAUAAAGUAGCAGUGAAAUUCGGGGGAGGGGGAAGGGGCAGACUGACGCUAUAGACCGUGGCGCGACAUCGAAAUCUGUGGCUUUAAAUUAUAAGCAUACAUCGUAUUUAACCUAUUUAGCAUGUUGAAGUAGCGUCGCGAGUAAUAUAGCAUAAUAUUUUUUCGUGCAACCAGAAAAAAUUAAAUUUAUUAAAUUGUGUAAUGCUAGUGAGAAUAAUAAUCGAUUAUUAUGAGAGGUAAGAAAAAAAAAAUGAAAGACUGAAUAAUUCACGCGCCACGAUCCGUCGGUUUAGAAUCCUGAAUGCUUCACUAUCCUUCCGUUCGUACGGAUUUCGUGCGCGCGUGGAUAAAAUAAUUGGAAGACUGCGAAGAUGGAAAAACUUGUCAAAAUAUUAAGAAUUAGCGAGCGAGCGAAAGGAAGAAAGAAAGAGCGAAAGAGAUGCAAAAAGAACGAGCGAAAGAAUAUCGAAGUUUAAGGAGAUAAAAUUAGUUAAUUAGUAUAUAUUAUAGCGAUUAUUAUAAUAACAACAAUUAUAUUCUGCUAGAGGAUAAUACAUGUAAGAGACCGCGCGAUGAUUUCUCGAAUUCAGGAUUAUCCUGCUAAGAAUUGUAAUUUAUAGUAAUGACCGUACACACAAGACGAAUACCUAUACUUAAUCAUUAUUUCGUUUCACAUACACAAUAUAUUUUUACUCGAUCAGCGGCAAUAGCAGCACCACCAAAACUAUAUCCGAUCAGUUAUAUUUAUAUACAUAUAUCUAUAUGAUAUGUAUCGCGAAACUCUACGAAUUCCAAGAGAGAAAUGAUCAAAAGCUAGUCAAAUGAUACGUUUUUAAUUUCUACCAGUUAUAGUUAAUUAAUUGUACAUUAAAUCCACAUAUACACACAUUGCCAGGAAUCACAUAGAGACACGAUAGAACACAUAUAUUCACACACAUAUACAUACAUUUAUAUUCACACGGUUACAUACACGCAAUAAAUAAAGCGAUCCGAGCGAAAACGUAUGCGAAAAAGCUCAAAGACUGCUCCUAAGCGACAUCAGGAAUUUCAUUCAACGUAGAAUUACUACUUAUAUUUCAUCUAUUAUCGAAGCGCAUCAUCUAAUCUCCAACUGAUAAAGGCAGGACCUGAUUUAUAAUAAAGAGGAUGCAAAGAGAUUUUAUCCGCGAAACGUAUGCAUAUAGAAAUAAAGGAAAAGAAAAAAAAAAAAAAAAAAAAAAAAAAAAAUCUGCCGAGGAGCCGCCGCUACGUUAAUUUUAUGCCAAUUGAUCAUUAAUCUAUCAUCAUUGUUAUUUGUGGUAAGCUUACGUGGCAUAGUGUAACAUAUAUACUUAGUACUUACACACGCAAUCGUUGUCAGGAUCGCUGGACACCUGUCUUGCUCAAAAUUAACUAUCGGCGGCGAUUGUUUCGUAGCUUUCGAAGGCGCGAUGCGCGUGAACGAGCGAUAACGAACGGAUAAGCAAAUUUUGAUUUAAAAUCUAAUUUUAAUCGCAAAUUGGAAAAUCAUAAGGAGUUAUGAAAAUGAACGUUACGGGUAAAUAACAUGAAGGAAGAGUUUCUCUCGAUAAAACAAAUGCUAGUAGUGGCAAAUAUAAAAUGUAAAUUACAGUCGUAAAAAUAGGUUACUAAGUGAACGAUACCGUAAAAAAUUUUUUUAUUUAUACGCGAUCAGUAUUUAUUGAUAAAAUUACUUCGCUUCGCACACUACAAUAUGAUAUUUAUAUAUGUAAUUCUCUGUUAAUGCGUAUACUGUAAAUACAUAAUUUCUUGCGAUUUUCCAGUUUGUAAUUGCAUCUGCGCAUAUACACGUGUGCACAUUUUAUACGUUUGACUCGUUACAUUCAUAUCGAGUUUCUCUGGCCAUCCUUCUUAAAGUUUGGAUGGCUAUAAAAUGUUCCACUGUUUGCCAUGUUCUGUUAUCCGCUCGUCGAUCUCGGUUCAGGAUAGAUGAAAAGUAGAUAUAUAUGGGGCAAAAGUUCGCGAGAUAUCCUUUGGCCGGAUACUUGCACACUAGAGAAUUGCGCGCUUAAUUGUAGUAGUAAUUCUCAUAGAGUGAUUUUUCUCGAUUGAGAUUUCGAGUACGAGACGAUGCGAGUUUCCGGCUGAAGAUGUCCAGACGACGGCCCAGAUAGCAAAUGGUAAAUUAGAUUCGGUGCGGUAAAAUAAGACCGGACGUGUAGCGACUGAUUUGCUUUAAGAGAAAGCGCGACGCGCCAGACGCUUUUUCUUUUUUUGUACGCGCGGGAAGGGAUUCGCACCCUUCGUCGGGAAAUACUAGUGUUCACACGUUUUGCCGCAGCUUCUCCGGAUAAUACUAGAUAAGCUGUAAUAAGACCCUUCGAAUCUUCGUCAGAGAUGAUUGCUAACCCCUGGGAUACCUUAGUCAUAUAAGUAAGCUGGGCAACUUGUAAAAAUGCAAUUUUUGUACUGUUAUAAAAAAAAAAAAGUUGAAUAGACGAGGGUACACUGACGUUGUAGCGUGAAAAAACAUUUUUCAAUAAAAGAUUUUUCAUACGCAUGCAUUGUAUACUGCAAUUAAUACUGAUGUACUUGUGUAUUAAUUGCAUAUAUCUACACUGGUGGAAAGUGAUUUAAAACAUCUUUCAUUAUGUCAUAUUGUAGAGAAAUUAUGUUAUAAUAUUUUAAGAAUAAUCGAUUUUUUAUUUGACGAUUUUUUUCUUUCAGAUAUUCACUUUUACAUUAGGUUACAUUUAAUGCACAUUUUAAUAUAUACAAUACGAAAAUAUUCUGUUACUGAAUACAAAGAUACCAUUCGAUCAAUUCAGUUAUAUCUAAAACAAAUGUUUGAUUAGUUCUAGCGUAAUUACGUCCAAUUAAAUGUGAUUUCUCAUUAA